CAAGGAGUAGCAGCUGAAAUCUGUGUGACUGUUAAAGAUGGAGUUUAUUAAAGAGAAGUUUGAAGACGUGACUGAUCCAGAACCAUCCAGAAGAAAACAUGAAGAUACUGAGGAACAAAUAGACCAGAUGAGAGUGAAAGAGCAAAGACAAGAACUGAAUGAAGUGGAGGAGGAACAUCGUAACUUUACAAUUCAAAGAACAAAAGCCAAAAAGACGCACACCUGCACUCAGUGUGGAAAGAGUUUCUCACAGAAAGGAAGCCUUAAGACACACAUGAGAAUUCACACUGGAGAGAAACCGUAUACAUGCACUCAGUGUGGAAAGAGUUUUUCAAGGCUGAACAAUUUUAAACUGCACCAGAAAACACACAAUGGAGUGAAAGAUCAUGUGUGCUUUGACUGUUGGAAGAGAUUUACUACACCUGCUGAUCUGAAACUUCACCAAAGAAUUCAUACUGGAGAAAAACCUUACAAGUGUUCAUAUUGUGACAAGAGUUUCACUCGGUCUGGAAACCUGAAAACACACAAUCGAGUUCACACUGGAGAGAAGCCGUACGACUGUACUCAGUGUGGAAAGAGUUUCACCCACUCAAGUAAUCUAGCGACUCAUGUUAGAAAGCAUUGUUCUGUGUCAUAGUGAGCAAAUAUUUUGUUAGAUUCACAUAAAGUAAAUGUGUAGUUAGUUAACUAAUAAACUAGUGUUGCUGUGAAAUGCUGCAAGAUUUGUGA